GGCGGAGCGGCCGCAGCGCGAGCCGCGCUCCCCAUGGCAGCGGCGCGGGGCGCGGGGCUGAGCGCGGCGGCGCUGCUGGCGCUGCUGGCGCUGCUGGCGCUGACGGCCGGGCGCGGCGGCGGCGGGGAGGGUCAGCGCGGCUCCCCGCACCCGCUGCCGCCGGGGUUGCGGGAGGAGCUGCGGCAGCGGCGGCGCGACCUGCGGCGCCUGGCGGGGGGCGGCGGGGAGGAGGGGGAGGCGGCGGCGGGCGGGCUGGGCUGCGGCGACCUGAGGCUGGUGACGGGCGUCAGCGUGCUGGGCUGGGGCUUCACCAAGGUGGUGUCGCGGGCGGCGCUGGCGGGCGGCGGCGCGGUCGCCCUCAAGUCGGUGCACGGGGCGGGACGGGAGGUGCGGCAGUGCGUGCAGCGCUACGGGGCGCCCGCCGGCUGCCGCCGCCUGGCCGCCUACAAGCUGCUCAAGGAGGUGACGCUGCUGCGGCGCCUGCAGCAUCCCGGCAUCGUCCAGCUGCGCGGUCAAUGCUAUGAUAAUAGCGGAGAUGCUGAAAUACGGGUCACAGCUAUACUGGAGCUGGGAUCCCCCCUGGAGAUGAUUCAGCUUCUGCAGACUCCCUGGGAGGAGAGAUUUAAAAUUUGCCUGAGUCUUGUGAAACUGCUGUUUUACUUGGCACAUUCUCCCCUGGGUUCAAUAGUCCUCUUGGAUUUCCAGCCGAGGCAGUUUGUUAUGGUGGAUGGAAACCUAAAAGUGACGGACAUAGAUGAUGUUAGCACUGAAGAACUGUCAUGCAAGGAAGAUAAAGACUGCACGCUUGACUUCCCUACCAAAAGCUUCCCUCUCAAAUGCUCUGCAGUUGGGAAGUGUGAAGGAAUAAAUGAAAAGAAGAAUCUUUUUAAUGCAUAUCGGUACUUUUUCACCUAUCUUUUACCACACUCUGCACCACCGGCUUUGCGACCCUUUUUGAGUGAUAUUCUGAAUGCAACAGGUGAUUUACGAUAUGGAAUAAAUGAAACCCUGAAAGCUUUUGAAAAGGUUUUACACCUGUACAAGUCUGGGCUUUAUCUGCAGAAAAGGCCUCUUCUUUUAGAAGACUACAUCUCCUUAAAGGGCUUCCGAAUGGUGGAACGAGAGGAUUACAAGUGCUGGCCCUCCUACAGCCACCUGGGAUGCCUGCUGUCCGUUCAUGGUGCCGAGGAAGCCGCUGCUAUUUGUAACUCCCAAAUGCAGUGUCAAAGUUUUAUCAUCACACAGCAGAGGACGUGGACAGGACGCCCACUCGCCUCGUUUCAGAGUAGCCUGACUGAUUUAAUACCGGAUACUAGUGCCGUAGUCUAUAUUAAACGAUUGGCUUCCUCAGAGGAAAGACUUCAAAGACAGUGAGAUCACAUAAUACUGAUCCUGGGAUGGACAAACUACUGGGGAGAAUUUCAUAUGCUGAAAAGAAUGACAUAUUUUAUCUUGCUUUGGGGUGGGAUCUUCUUGCCAGCUCAGAUAGAGUCAAAUGCUGCUGUCUCCUUAAUCAAAGCUCAGGUUUCUCUUUGCAGCCCCGCUAGAUUUUUUAUCUGUUCCCACACUACUGUUCCACGUAAACGCUCCCAGUUUUAGUCAAAUGUCACUAGACUGUGCAAGACCUAGUUUUGCUGCUUUUGUAACCAGCUUCUCAGCCAAAAAAUAGAAAAUAGCUGCAAGGGAUCUGGCUUGGGUAGGCUUAGUUGGUUCAGACGCCUCCAAAAACCUACGAAUAAUGCACCUUGGAGAACACAACGGCUCCUUCCACAGCUGCCAACCAAGAUUUCAUACCACUGCAAAUGUAAAGGAGUGGAUUUCAGCCAUGGGGCCAAGGUUGCAGGGUUGGGAAUCUAUAACCGGAGGUUGAUGAUGGGGGGGGCCUUCCAAGGAGGGUCUUGAUUCGAUUCCUUCCAGGGCAGGGGAGGGAAGCAGUGUAUAGGACAACUCUGGAACCAAAUAUCUGGAUGUUUGGAUGCAGGAUUUGGGUUUGACCCUAUAUGAUUUGUAAUGCCAACUCCUCAUGUAUCAACCUUGAAGGUUUUUCUCUGUUACUUUCUGUGAAAGAGACAUUCAAAUUAUUUAUAAGGCGUUACUCUGUAUGAUAAAGAAUGACUGUUUAUUCUAAGCAUGCUCUUGAGAAGUUUUCCUCUUUAAUUGUCUAAAUCUUUGCUGCAAUGAAAUGAACAAAUGCAAGGGUUCCCCACCUUCAGCUCACCUAGCAUCAUCACCCACAUCUGAGGACAACCUAUGAGUGGUCUCAGCAUUGUAUGAAUGCACCCGAGUCUCUUGAGCACUUACAUCUUGGAGGAUGCUUUAUGAUUACAUUUGCAGGGCCACAAGCGUAGAAGGGACAGUCUGGUCUCAAGAGCCUUUUGCAUCUGCUCUUCACUAAAAAUGUGGCCUCUGAAAAAGAGGUGGGAGUUAGUAUCGUUUCAGGCUGUAGGAGAUGACAAUGUAAUGUACCACUCCUGGCAGUGCCUGGAAGCAGUGACCAUAUGGUACCUCUUCUUGUAACACAUUUCAUAGAAUCAUAGAAUCACUAGGUUGAAAAAGACCACUAGGACCAUCGAGUCCAACCAUUCCUAUCAACCACUAAACCAUGUCCCUGAGCAUGGGAUUUGGGGAAAGCCCAAAUCACUACUCACCUCAGCACCUGAAAGGGAAGGUUCCUACUGUGUAGCAGGCACUGUGCAAUGCCACAUUGAGUUUUAUUCUUAGCCCAUGUUGUUGGGUGCAAAUGAUGGCUCUCAGGACAUUGUCAUUGACUUCCUUGUAGCCUACCAUGGUGUUGCUAUUUCCAUGUAGGUCCCCUAACAGCCAGGGUACCCCCCAAACUGAAGAGCCUGAGUUCUUCCCUGAAGUUGUGCUGUGUUUUUCAUUAUCUGGUCCUGUUUCCUCAUGCAGGUGCUCACCAUUCAGCUCGUUAGUACUCUAUUAACCCAGAGCAGUGCCAUUGUAUGGGGGCUUUCUCAUGCACUAUAACCCCUGCUGCUUCCACUGAGGCUCAGGGGCUCUGAUAGUGAUAUCAGUUAAUGAGAAUUCCUAGUUAGCACAACAGGAAGGAUCUUCUUGGUAAAGGCCAUGUUGCUGCAGGCAUUGUGAAGGCAAGGCUUUUUGAAUGGACAGCCACAGAGCUCUCUUCAUUACAGUGGGUCCUGUGGAAGUUGAAGGAAAAGUCCUGCCAGGGGUCCGCUAUUGUUUUACAUUGACCUCGCAGAGCAGGGCUUCAGACAAGAGGUAAUGAGAGUUUAUCUCAUAUUUCUCAGCCUCCUGAGAUACCAAUCAUAAGUAUGUUCCCCAAAGCAAGGGCAAGGGCUGUCCAGAGUAAUUUCAGAAAGGAUAGAAACAGACAAUGGAAAAGUUGAAGUGAUUCCAGUUUGUAUUAGAAAUAUCUUCCCAUUUCAGAAAAUCUCCCCAGGUAAAAAAACAGUGGGUAUUUUAUUCAUGUGAUGUUCCUUUCAUGCUGCAGAUUUUUCGAUCAAAUUUUCAUUGUAUAGUUGCCUGCCAGGCAUUCAGAUCCAGACCCUCAGCAGAUGGUGAAGGGUAUGGCAGCGUCAUUUGCAUAAAUGUGGAUUCUAGCAUCAAAUCUGCACUUAGCACCUGGGAGCAGAGACUAUAUCAUCCUGCCUUAAAAGUUUCGAGCACACAGUGCUAAACAAAUAAUAAUAAAUAAAUAAAAAGGGAAGCCAAGCUUCAAAGAAUCUUAAUGCUUGAUCUGUGACACGUGGCUUUUGUAGGACCUUUAAGACAUCUAGUUCACCACCUGCAGAUGAGUAGGUGCAUUCAUAGAGGCUGGACCUCGUAAGCACAUUCAUCACACUAGCACAGACCAGCCGCUAGGGCAGAGGUACACAUUCAGAUCCAAUUCUAUUAAUGUGCUAGAGACGUAGAAGACGCUGCAAAUAUGCUGGUAAAAGUAUAUGCACAGAUUCUCUUUGUACCUCUGUGCAGCUCCCCAUAGCGCUACCACCUGGUGGACAUGCCAGCUUCAGUCUGAUUUAUGGCAACAUCCACUGCAGCCCCAUGGUGCCCAGUGAAUGCUGGGUGAGGGAAAAUGUUUCAUCACGCUGCUGCAUCUAGAGCUAUAAUUUAACAUGUGUUUGAGGAAACAGUCACUGGACAAAGGAGUUUCCACCCUAUGUUUCCCCUAUGUUUCUUUUUGCUGUUAUCAUUUGCUAAGAAGCCUUUUCCAAUGGCCAUGUCAGAAUGGCAUGUAGAAUUAAUUCUCUACUAGCCUGCAGUGAUGCCUGAGCUGCAGGCAGCUCGUGAGUGACUCAAGUACAGCUGCUGUGCCAGGUCUGUGUGGAGCACCCAGACAGUCAGGCUAUGGGAGCAAGCAUCGUCUCUGCAGCUUUUUGGCCCAUGUGGCUGUCUUGUAGUUCACUAUCUUUAUGUCUGAUCUCACCCAAUCAGUCUUUAUUCAUUCUAUCCUUUUAUUAAUUUACAACCACUUCAAGCAACUGUAGACUUUCAAUGCCAGUGAAAAUUACAGUGCACACCUAAAAACUGUACUUUAGUAACAACGGUAUAUACAAAAGUCAGAUAAAAACAUUUGUUGCCCUUAAAAUUCCCGGUUGCUGGAGUCAAUUUGUUUCUGCUAUCACUGAUCAGCCACCACGGUGGAAUAUGUAACAGAGGAAAGUGCUUGGAAGGAAACAGCAGGGGACUGACUGUGGUGGAAACCAUGUGUGCUGGAGGAAUAAUAUUUACCCAAAUGUGUCUAUCAUAUCUUCACAAAGGAUGCUGCCAUUGCUAGAGAAUGGAUAUGAAAAUGUUGACUCCAUAGAUAAAAGUAAGGAAUAUAAUUUUUUAGACACAAACU